GCUCGACCGAUCAUCCGCCACGUGUCCUAUCUACGUCCUCUCCCAUCCUCUCCAUCUCCGCCUUCACCUGCCUCCUCAUACGACACCGAGGAAGACGACGACGAUCUAGUUUCCCCCUCCCCGUCCCUCUCUCCCUCUGGCACUCCGCCUCCAUCGCCAUGAGCUUUUCAACGGAGCAGGUGAUUAGCGCGCGGCUGCUAGCCCCGAGAGGGCGGAUCAGUACAAUCCGGCAAGUACAGCGGCCACGCCUCAGUGCCGAUCUCCUUCGAUUUGCGGCCUUCUUCAGCACGACGACAAUCCACGCAGCAGCGGAAUUCCGGAUUAAGCAAGCGGCAGCGACACGUGUCCUGACCGAGAUUUCAGCCUUUCAACGCCUGUCCCCUCCUGGGAUCAGUCACAUCACCGUCAUCGUCGUUUUCGUUGGGAAUCUCGCUCUGAUUACGAGCGAGUUGCUGGUGUUCCUAACACAACUAGUGGACGGCCUGCCUCUGGACAUCUUAUCGUGGUGUGACAAUCAGCCUGGCACCCACGUGCUUUCCAGGACGCUCAAGCCGCACCUGCUGCGGUCCACGUGUACUGAGCUGGACGACGACAACUGUGUCUAUCCGUCCCAAGCUCUCUUCCUCGAGAUCGAUGUCACCGAUCUCACAGUGUGGAAACCCAUCGUCCGGCGAGGAAACGCGCGGCAAGGAGAAGAGGAGGAGGAGGACGACGACGACGACGACGACGACGACGACGAAGAAGAAGAAGAAGAAGAAGAAGAAGAAGAAGAAGAAGAAGAAGAAGAAGAAGAAGAAGAAUCGAGCGAAGAUCGUGACAAUGCGGAUUACGUCCAAGGAGAAGAGGAGGAAGACGAAGAAGGUGAGCCGGCAGAAGAGGAAGCUGUCGCGGCGGCUGCUGUCGCACUUGUCCGUCGAUUCCAACUAGAGAGGGCGGCUGGGCGCAUGAAAGUGACACUUUCCAGGCGGCGGCAGAGGCUUCUGCUGCAGAGGGUGUUGGACGCCCCGGACUGCGUUUCCAGUUCUGAGGCAGUGCUUCAACUAUGCUUUGCAAUCGGGUGCGGUGUGCUUCCUCGGUCGACGCCACGUUGGUGGAUGAGGCGGAGAACCGGCGGGACUUGGGAGGAUUUGCAGCUCUGCGAUGACACGACGGACGACUACUUCUGGGAAAAGCUCCCAAUGUCGAGGAGAGUUUUCAUGGAGAUCAGCGAGGCCUGUGCACCUCUCUUGCAACGACAGGUGACGUUCUACAGGGAGCCACUUCCGUCGGAGCAGAUCGUCGCCUAUGCGCUGCACAGGAUAUCGUGGCCGACGGGGGUGCGGAAACACGUCGUGCUGCGGGCGUUUCUGGACAAGGGCUUUCCAAACUGCCAUGGCGCAGUUGACUGCACACGCAUCUACGUGGACAAACCGAUGAACGCGCCCGGAGAGAACUGCUUCGACUGCAAGCACCGUUUCUCCGUCAUGGCGCAGGUGGUGGUGGACCUGGAUCUGCGUGUGCUAGACAUGUUCGUUGGAUAUCCGGGGAGCUGCCACGACAUUAGGGUGAUCCAACUGUCGAGUCUAUCGAGGCGCGCAGAAGAGGGAGUGUUUUUUCGUGGCCCGCCUGUGACGCUGCCGGGGGGGGGGGUGAGGACGAACGGAUACAUCUUGGGCGACAACGGGUAUCCUCCUUCUGAGUGGGUAGUGGUGCCGUACGAAGGAAUCAAUCAGCACCCGUACGAGGAAAGGUUCGACACGAAGCAGAAGGUCGCAAGAGGGGCUGUGGAGAGGGCGUUCGGGAGGUUGAAGAGGAUGUGGAGGCUCUUCCUGCGGACACACAAGACAAACCUGGAAACACUACCGCAGCAGUUCACGACAGUCUGCAUUCUCCACAAUAUCCUCCUUGAUGCCGGUGUGGAGUUCGACGAGAAUUUGUUGUGGGAGGUCGACGAGAACGGCGUGAGGCGCCGAGUGGACCUGGGGAUUCAUCGUCCCCUGCAGCUAGUGUCGAUGUUGACGUCGACCGGUCCCGCCCUCGCGCUCCGCAACACGCUGGCGGAGCGAAUGAAACACAUGUGAUCCUGUGCACCGCCAGCGUCUUGCACGCGCAGAAUACUUCCUUCGAGUCAUGUUCUGCCGUCUUCGAUUAGUUAGGAGGGUUCGCCGUCUUUCGCUUAUGUGCGC